ACUUCCGCCAACAAACAACAAAGAUGCGGUAAACUUGAAGGUCCAAACUUGAUGUGUUUUAAAGAUGUGCAGGCCUUAAGAGCUUUGUGAUUUUACACCAGUCUUGCCACUAUGACAUCUUCAUCAGAAGACCCCAUAUUUGUGGGGCUGGACCAGAAAUUUGACAAGGUUUUGGCUGAUAUGAAACCUCAUGUACUAAAACUACCUCAUAAAACAGAUCGUCAGAAAUGUGCUAUUUGGAUUAAGAAGCUUUGUGAACCAGUAACUGGAAUAACUGGAAGAAAAAAUAGGAAUGCUUAUGCCCAGUUGAUGUUACACAUGUUAAAGAGAGGAGUGUUAGAAGGACCAUUUACAAGUAAACCCCAGGAAGGACCUCUGCCAACCUUGCCACCAUAUAUGUCUAUUUAUUUUGAUGAACCUUCUGAUAAAGGAUCUGAUGACGAGAAGGUGCCAGAUUGGGUAGCAGGGGAGCUAACCAGUUCUGUUGGAUCAUCGCUGUUCAGAUCUAAUAUUGGGAAUCCCACUGCCUCCUCCACGUGGAAAUCUGGAUUGUCUCCCAUCCGUUACGAAUCUUCACCAAGAAGGUACUCCUCUAAAAUCCCUGUUCCAAAAAGUCCGACGUCACCGAGGCGCCCUCACACUAGUCUUGGAUUUGACCUGGAUAAGGCCCCAGGGCUCUCCUCACCCACCCGUGGAUUGGAACAGCCAGAGUUUACAGGGCAUACCUAUGACGACAGUUACAUAGACUUCCGUAAGCCCACAAUAAAGACUGCCCACUCCCUGAUAGAUGAUAAACCUAAUAUUGAUUUAAUUGAUGGUGACAAGAAAAAGACAACAUUGCUUAAUAUGAAGGGUGCAGAUGAAGAGCUUAGUCAACCCUCUCCACCUUACACCAAAACUACAAGCAACUUAUUUGGCAGCACAGGGGCAUCAAGUACAUUUUUCCCUGACCAAUCAAGAGAUUUAGAAAAAGAUAAUAUUCAAAUGAGAACUAAAAUGUUGGAGGCUAGAUUUCACGAGGAAAAGCUUCGACUACAGCAAAAGCAUGAUUCAGCGGUUCAGAAGAUUUUGGACAGAAAGAAUGUAGAGAUAGAGGACCUGAAGACAAAUUACAGAACUAAAGCCAAAGAUCUGGAGGAAACUAUCAGCAAACUCGAACGAAAAAUUCAAAAUAUUGGAAAGGAUUCCCAGCAAGUGAUAGAAACCAAAGACAAGCAGAUCACAGAACUGAAGAGGAUGCUAGAGGAAUCCACUGAAGUCAGGAAUAACCAGUUUGAGAAAAAGAUGAAUGAUAUGAUUGCCGACUUUGAACAAGAGAAGUUUGAGAUGCAAAAGCAGCACACCAAAAACAUCCAGGACAUUCUGGAUGAUACGAAUGCCAGAUUACAGAAAAUGGAGAAAGAGUAUGGGCAGCAGACCGCAUCCACGGAAGUUUAUCAGGCUUCCAUAAUAAAAGACCUUGAGGCCAGAGUUCACCAGCUGAUGACAGAGGCUGAUAAAAACACCAAAGCUAAACAUGCUCUGGAAAAGGCCAAAAUGGAAUCAGAUAACAAACUGGAAAGAUGUACACAAGAUCUACAGGAUCUUAGAGAGAGAUAUAGUAAUCUGGACAAAGAACAUCAAAGAACAGUGGAAACUAACGAACAGGAAAUGAGAACUCUCAAAAACAAAAUGGAGGCAAGUCUGGAAUUCAUGAAACAGGAACACAAUCUUGCUGCAGCCAAAGCUUCUGAUUCUAUAUCAGAGUUGGAGCAGUCGUUGGAUCAGUACAAACGUUCCCUGAAAGAUGCAGAGGAACAAAGACAGAGACAAAUGAGGGAAUUGGAACAAAAUCAUCAGCAAGAUAAACUGCAUUUGGAAAAUCUCCAUGAUAAGCAGGUGAGAGGUUUGAAAAAUGAAAUGGAACACACAGAUCAAGAAAACCAGAAGAAAAUCAAAAAGCUGGAGGAAACUAUCAGAGAUAAAGAUGAUGAAAUAAAACGCCUCCAGGAAGUAAAUAAGAAUCAGCUGAUGCAGUCAGAGAAAUCUCUGGAAGAGUUCAAACUUCAGGUGGAGAAGAACCAGACCAGGAUGUAUGAUGAAAUGAAACAACAGAUGGAAAGAGUAGAAACCGAUUUAAACAAAUCAAAGCAAGCAAGAGAGAAACAGUCUCGAGAAUUCUCAAAACAGAUUGAUGAAGAGAGAAAUCAACACGAAAGAAAGAUUGUGGAACUAAAAAUGGCCCUGGAACAUGAGAAAGCUCAGAUGUUAAAAGACUUUCACACACAAAAGGAAAUUGUUAUAUCUGAGCAUGAAAAAGAAAUUGACAGCCUUAAGGAAACACAUCAAAAUGAAUUAUAUGAGUUGAAGUGUCGAGUCCAAGAGAAACAGGACAAAGAUGUUAAGAAGAUCACGCAGUACGAGAGACAGAUUCAGGAGUUACGAGAGGAGGUGGUCCAGGCCAAUCAGCUGAGGAAACAACAGCUGGUAGAACUGGGGCUCCUACGGGAGGAGGAGAAACAGAAAAUGCUCAGAGAGCACGAGUCGGAGGUUAUAAAGUUACGUUCUGAGAUGGAACAACAGAGGCUAGACUUACAAAAAACACACAGUACAGAGUUAGAAAAGAUGCUGGAAAAGACCAAUGCAAGGCUCAAGGACAUUGAGAGAGAGUACAAUGAGAGGGGACAGAAAGCCACAGAGACAAUAGGGGAGCUACAGGCCAACAUCAACCAUCUCAGGGACGAGGUCAAAAGGGUACGUGAUGUGGGAGAGAAGAAAUGCCAGGAUGUAUCACAGCGAUAUGAAGAUGAGAAAAAAUCUGUCAAAAAGCAGUAUAACAGUAAUAUGGAGAGUUUGCAGCGUGAAAUAGACUCCCAGCAGGCAAGAAAUAGGCAGCUAGAGCGAAGGCUAGAACAAAUGGAGGCAGAUCAUGAAGAAAAGGUUACACACCUGAAAUUAUCUUUUGAAGAAAAAUUGAGAGGCCUUAUUCCUUCUUCAGUCAGACAGGAACUUGAGGACACCAUCACAUCACUGAAAUCUCAGAUAAACUCACUACAACAAAAGACAUUAAUCCUACAGGAAGAGGUGGAUCUCAAAAACAAGUACCCCAUUGGUCAGUUCUCCUCCAGCUCCCCAAUCAAAGCUGUGUGACGAUUGGUCAGUUCUCCUCUAGCUCCCCCAUCAAAGCUAUGUGACAAUUGGUCAAAUUGUAAAUCCUUCUAUAGAUGAGAUUAGUGUGGAUGGAAGAAUUUUUAAGUCAAAGAUUUUUAAGUUGUCAGUAUUACUUUAAAAAUCCUCUUAUUAAUCUGACAUUUUAAGUUUCUCUGUUAUUGAAUAGGGAUUGAUGUAUGCAGUUUGAUGACAGAAUCUGUGAUAUUUUUACGCAAAUGUGUGUAACAACACUCGUUUAAAAAAUGUUCUUGAAUGGUGAGAAGAUUUUUUAAAAAUACCUGAUUUUAUUCUCUGUAAAAUUCCAUAUUUUCAGUUACCCUUAAUCAAUUUAUUAAUCACUUUUUAUUUAAAAGCUGCUAAUGUGAUGUUACAAGUGUGAACAUUUUAUGUUGGAAUCAUUUUAAAAAUUCAUUUUCUUGCAAUGAUAUGGAAUAUGAUUGUAUGCAGAAAGAAGUAUCUUUACAAUACAUGAGGAGGCUGCAGUAUUUAUAUGGGCAAUAUUUUAAAAUACUUGUACUACUCAGAAAAAAUCAUCAAUGAAUUUUGCAUUAUUUACAUCUCA